CUAAAGUCAUGUCAUGUGAUUCCAGUCAGGACCUGAUUGAGGACCGCACUGUUUACCUUCCGCUGCAGCAGACAGAUGUAGCAGGGGACUGCCGGCUCUCUCUCUCAAAAUGUACUCACACGGCUCAGAAAGUUUAAUUAAACAAGCGAGGGAGAUACAGGAGCCUGAGCUGCAGAAGUUUUACAGCAGGUUAGUGAAGCUGCUCCAAGGGAAGGAGUUCGGUCAUGAGACGAUCGACUCCCUGCAGAGACUGCACCUCAUCCUCUCUGCCACCAAAUACACCAGGACGUUGCCUGCGGAGCUACAAAAGAGGCUUUUAUCUCUCCUCUCGUCACCGGCGGAGCAGCUUCAGGUGCUGGGCUCAGCUGUGCUCAGAGAGACACUGCCUCUCCCUGGUCAGGAACUGCACUGCAACCAGGAGAACAUGGGUCCGCUCAACACCCACACUGCUGCCCUGCUGCUCUCACAGGCUGGAUCCAGGGCUGAUCUGUCAUCUCUAUGUGCUCAACUCCUUCGAGGCCUGGAGAGCCGUCAGUCAGAAGGGCCAGCUCAUUCGCUCGCGCACACACUGCCGAUCCUCAACACCAUCCUCACACACAGUCCCGAGUGCCUCACUGAAGAUCACCUGACCCUCCUGAGUAAAAAGCUUGUCGAUUGGCUGCGUUACGCAAGCAUCACGCAGGGAGGCGGAGCUUCUUCAGGAGGAUUCUUCACAGGACCCAGAUCACGUCAGCCGGUGCCUAUAGCAGAGCUGGAUGGGACCGUGUCUGGGGAUUUCUUCACUGUGCUGUGUGUGGGCCAAGGCUUCACUGAGGACCAGUGGAUGAAUGUUUACUCCUUUUCCAUGCUGCGCCACUGGCUUCUCACCUACCACUCUGUUUCCAGUGGCAGCACUGCAGCUGAUACUGCAAACAGGCUACAGCUCAGCCUCUCCCUCUCCCACUCCCACUCCUUUUCUAAUGACUUCCUCUGCAGUGCUGCAUUUCUAGGUGCAUUGCCACCACCUGUAGAUCAGUGGAAUCGUGUGAUUACAUUGGGAGGAUGGUCAAAAACUCCACAGGAUGACCGCUCAGAGGUGGACGGGUCAGUGGUUUCUAUGGUUUCAGCAACUUCCUCCUCCAGCCGCUUGCUGCCUCCAAAGGAGCGUCUGAGGGAGAAGGCUUUCCAGUACUGCCUACGCCUCAUUGAACAGAGCGAUCGCAAGGCACACAAAAGGACAGAUACAGAGCUGCAGAAAGCGUGCCUGGUGGAGGCAGUGUGUAUCCUGGAUUGUGUGUGCGUAGAGGAUGCCUCACUUGUCUACCGAACAUUCCCGUGCGUCAAGGCGCUCUUCGGUCGGCUCAGCUCAGACCUGACAUUUGCCAGAGUCCUGCUGCCCAUAGCACAGUUCUACCUCAACCAUGGUGAGAUGGCAGCAGUGGACUGUGAGAGUGUGUGGAAGCUGGUGUUUGGCCAGUUCCCUGCUGAGCUGUUCAACGACCCCUUCCUGGCUCAUGAGCUUCUACGUUUCCUACGACUGAACCUCGAGAGCCUGCAGCUCCGAGUUCCACAGUAUACCCGCUCCUUCCCAAACCUGCUGAAGUUCUUAGCGUGGGACAGCCCAGCAGUGGUGGAUGAUUUUGUGGACCUGCUGCCCUCUCUGGUGACGGCUGAAACUGCAGUGGAGCUGUUCCACACUCUGCUGGACCUGCCCUGUCUCUCUGCCACGCUGGUAUUACAGCUCAGGUCAACAUGCUCGCCCAUCUCUGAGUCAGGUGGGCGCGGCCUCCUGUCACUGGAUGCAUUUCGAAGUCCCUCUUUCAGAGGCCUUUUCCUCUUCCUGCUUCGAGCAGAAGCAGGAUCAGGUGACACAAUCGACAGACUGAGCACGCUCCAUGAGCUGCUAGCUGAGGCGGUUGAUUGGCAGAGAGUUGUUCAGUGUGCCCAGACAGUCCCUGUGCUGUUGCACAUUUUUUUCAACACAGUUGUUACGGCCGCUGACGAGAAGCUUUUAGCUCAUUUGAUUCUGGCGAUGCUGGAGAGAAGCAGCCUCCUCCUCAACCUCCCUACAUACAUCAAAGAGAUACACAGGGUGUUCAGCUGCCACCUGCUGAGGCUGUGCAAGCUCCACCCCUCUCUGGUAGUGGACCAGUCUCAUGAGCUGCUGGAGUUCGCUGGAACCACAGCCAACGUCUACAGCAAAGAAGAAAUCUACACACAUGUGGUGUGGGUGCUGGGAGAGUACCUCUCUGUGUCAUGUGACUCUCGCUGCUCUGUGAGGCUCAUCACUUCCUGUUUUGAGGCGUUGGAGGCAGUGCUAUUUGAGAUUACGUCAUCCGCCCCACCACCUGGAGCAGCUUGCCCUGCCCCAAGAGUCGUCACCACUCUAAUGAGUGCGCUUGCUAAACUAGCGUCAAGGUCACAUGACCUCAUCCCCAGGGUGUCUCUGUUUCUCUCUAAGCUAAGAACAGUAACCAGAGGGGGGUCAGUGGCCUGGUGUUCAGAUGAGGAAGACCUCAUUGCCAUAGUAACGCGAGGGGAGGAGUUGUGGUCGCUGCUGAAGACCCCUGGUGUGGCCCAGAGUGUCCUGACUCCACCUCAGCAUGUCACCACACCGCAGUGGCACAGAGACACCAACGUGUCCAUGCCACUGCAACUGCGAACCCUCACCAGCCUCACACACUCACAGUGACACACACAAUCAUAUGCACACCACACAUCAUCUUACAUGGCACUUAGAGAUGAAAACAAAGAAAAGAAAAAAAGACAAUGUCCUCGUUUGAUUUUUACACAUUAUUUUUGUGAAUAAAUGAUAUUAUUUGAUUGAAA